AUGCUGCUGUCGCUGGUGCUGCACAUGUACUCGCUGCGCUCCGUGCUGCCGGCCGCCGUGAUGCUGGGCUCGGCGCCCACCUACCUGCUGGCCUGGGGCGCCUGGCGCCUGCUGUCCGCCUGCCUGCCCGCCCGCUUCUACCAGGCGGUGGACGACCGGCUCUACUGCGUCUACCAGAGCAUGGUGCUCUUCUUCUUCGAGAACUACACCGGCGUGCAGAUAUUCCUAUAUGGAGAUUUGCCAAAACACAAAGAAAAUAUAAUAUAUUUAGCAAAUCAUCAAUGCACAGUGGACUGGAUCGUGGCGGACAUCCUGGCCAUCCGGCAGGGCGCCCUGGGGCACGUGCGCUACGUGUUAAAAGACGGCCUCAAGUGGCUCCCUUUGUACGGCUGUUACUUCUCUCAGCACGGGGGCAUCUACGUCAAGAGGAGUUCGAGCUUCAAGGAGACGGAGAUGCGCCGGAAGCUGCUGAGCUACGUGAGCGCCGGGACCCCGAUGUACCUUGUGAUUUUUCCAGAAGGGACGAGGUACAACCCCGAGCUAACAAAGGUCAUUUCAGACAGUCAGAUGUUCGCUGCUCAGGAAGGCCUGCCCGUGUUGAAGCAUGUGCUCACGCCGCGAGUGAAGGCCACACACAUUGCCUUUGAUUCCAUGAAGAACUACUUGGAUGCCAUCUACGACGUCACCGUGGCCUUCGAAGGGACUGUGGACGACAAGGGGCAGCGGAAAGAGGCGCCAUCCAUGUUCGAAUUUCUCUGCAAAGAUUGUCCAAAAAUCCACAUUCACGUUGCUCGCAUAGAUAAGAAGGACGUCCCAGAGGAGCGCUCACUCAUGAGGACGUGGCUUCACGAACGAUUCGAGAUCAAGGACAGGUUGCUGAUCGAAUUCUAUGACUCGCCGGAUCCGGACAGAAGGAACAGGUUUCCUGGGGAAAGUGUCAGUUCUAAACUUAGCCUCAGGAAGACACUGCCGUCGCUGCUGGUCAUGAGCGGCCUGACCGCGGGCAUGCUGGCCACCCAGGCCGGGAGGAAGCUGUACGUGAAGACGUGGCUCUACGGCACCCUGCUCGGCUGCUUGUGGGUCAGUAUCAAAGCGUAG